UUGCUAGUCGACUACAUCUUGUUUAUCACCGCGAAUGUUACCGUGGAACCGAACUUGAACGAGAUCCGUGACUACAAAUAUGUGGACAAGCAGGAACUUAUUGCCAUGUUUGACGACCCUCAAAAUAGCUUCACUCCUUGGUUCAAGUUGAUUGCGCGAGACUUUUUAUUCGGAUGGUGGGAUGAGCUUAUGAGACGAAAGGGUACAAAUGGACUGGUAGAGGCCAAGUCAUUGAAUGGGUUUGUCGAUGGUAGCAAGGUCGUAAAGAUGGUUUGA